ACAGGUCACAUUAUUGCAAAUUUUCGCGCGUUUUGUUGUUUACUACGGGACUUUGUGAAAUUAAUUUAAAAAACCCUAUUCCUGAUCAAUAAAAGCCAAACAAAAUGAAUGAUUCUUUUGGAGACUUCAAUGCCACCCAGACAGCACCAGCUGGAGCCGCCAGCAGUCAAAAGGGAGAGGGAAUAGUCCCCUUGGUCGUGAAACAGAUUGUGGACGCCCCUGAGGGCAACAUCGAGAUGUUUGGCAUGCAGUAUGCAAUGGCCUGUGUGGUGGGAAUUGUACGAAACAUCGAGACUUCUUCAACGAAGAUUACCUACACCUUGGAGGACCACAGCGGCAGGAUCGAUGCGCACUACUGGUUGGAAGAAGGCGACACUCUCAAGGCUCCCGAAGUGAUGGUCAACAACUACGUUAAGGUGUACGGUACAACCCGGUCCCAGGCUGGCCAAAAGACACUAAUGGUCUUUAAGCUGCUGCCCAUUUUGGAUCCCAAUGAAGUGUGCACCCACCUCCUGGAAGUGCUCAAUGCCCGCUACAAGGCGGAGGACUACCAGAGCAAGGGUGGAGCAACUGGUGGUACCUCAUAUGGAGGAGCGGGCUCCAUCGCCGACUUCACAGCUUCGCAGAGCAACGCCAUCGUCAGCGGAUUGGAUCCCAAGCAGCAGGCUGUAUUCCAGGCCAUAAAGGGCAAUGUCUCAGAGGAGGGAAUCAGUCGCAAGGAGCUUAAGGCCAAGUUCUCCCACAUUAGCAGUUCCGAAUUAAACAAUAUUUUGGACUUUAUGAUCUCUGAGGGUCACAUUUACUCCAGUAUUGAUGCAGAUCAUUUUAUAUGUACAAUGUAA